AUGAGUCUGUCUUCGUACGUUGUGCUCGAGACGGUCGCACAGGGGUAUCUUACGACUGUUGUCAACGCCUAUCGAAAGCUCGAUUCAAAAAAGUGUGUUCUGAAGUAUUAUGACCUGCAACACAAGGAGAGCGACCUGUUUGUGCUGUCUAAAAACGACCACCGGAUGCCCAUCGAGGCCUACAUUCUACAGAAGACAAGGGAGGUUCAGGGAUGCGUACGGAUGGUGGAAUGUUUCGAGGAUGAACAAAUGAAAAGAUUCGUGAUUGUUUUGGAAGAUUUACAUGACCAGGGAUACACCAAUUUAGCGAGUGAAUUGUUGUCGGACGAAGAGUGGAUCAACGAGUCCGCCGUCUCUUGGAUUAUGAGAGAGACAAUCCAUACCCUUAGGGAACUGCAUGACCUGAACAUCGUGCACUGUGACAUUAAGCCGGACAACAUAUUUGUCAACAAGGAUGAGAGGAAGGUGAAGCUUAUUGACUUCAAUUUUUCAAUGGAAUUAAUUCCCACAGAACUUCCUCAAAAGAAUGUAG